AUGAACACUGAUAAGUUGUCAUCUACAGAUAUUGAAGCAAAACUAAAAUUUUCUAAGCCGAUACUGAGCGAUAAACCGGUCAUCGGCAUGCCGGACGAUCCGGUACCGCAAGAUGUAUGUAUGUAUUUUGUGAAUAUUCUAGGGAUAACCAGUUUUAUGGAACGCUAUGCAAGAGAAAUUAAAUGGCAAAAAGAAAAGAAAAUGGAAACAAAUCGGGCCGAUUCUUUUACCGAAGAAGUUCGCCAGAAAUGGUUUAAGAAUUUGAAAGAAAUAAUGAUACAAUUAAAUAUCAUGAACAAGCCAGAGCAAAUCUGGAACGUUGACGAAUCAGGAUUCUUGGAUGAAACCAAAGAAGAUUUGAUCGUGGUUAAAAAAGAAGAAAGAGAAACGUUUACGAAAACAGCCGGAUCUGGAAAAUCGUUCACAACAACGUUAUUAUAUAUUAAUGCUGCCGGUACAAUACUUCCACCGCACAUUAUCUUCAAAGGCAAAAAUUUGUAUAACAGUUGGUGCAGCCACGGCCCUGAUGGUGCCCAAUAUGGUGCUACAGAUAGUGGUUGGAUUGAUACGAUUACAUUUGUAUGGUGGUUUGAGCACGUAUUUAUCAAAUGUACAACAGCUGUUGAUAAACCUAUAUUGUUGAUAAUGGAUAAUCAUAGUUCACAUGUAAGUGUUUGUACAAUUGAAUUAGCGAUGGCAAACCAGAUAACGUUGCUACUGUUACCACCUCAUUGUACUCACGGUUUGCAACCAUUAGACAACACAUCGAACAACGAUCAGCAAAAGUCAUUUUUCUGCAUGAUGAAACAGUUGUUUCAAAUAUCAUUUACUAAACGUCAAAUAGUGUCUACAUUUGCUCAUGCUGGCGUUUGGCCGUUUGAUGAUACUGCAAUGGCUCAUAAAAUCGUUAAAAAAUCAAUACCACCAUAUAACAGCGCAAUACCAUCGUCGACACCGUUAAUAAAUAAUGUUUCAACGUUCUCAACUGAUAAUAUUCAAUCAGCAGCAAGUCUCACACAUAGUUCAUUGGCAAAUCAUCUCAUUCCAACGACAAUAGCUAAUUUGUUGUCGAGAAACACACUUUCCUCAUUAUCCUUUACAAAUGUUGCUUCAAGUGUACCUUUACAGUAUACGAAUAAUCUUAGCCCUGUGACAACGUCGGACAUUGGGAACACAACACCAUUACAAUGCUCCACAUCUUCUCUCAAUUUACUCAAUCAAUCACUAAAUCCACCAUCACCAUCUUCGUCAGUGCAAAAUUCGAUGCUGGCUGCGAGAAGUUCGAAACGACAGUUAGUAUCUGCACCUACAACCAGAACGACCGGUGCAAAGCGUGGAAGACGAGCGCCUUCAAGGUAUUCACGGUUCAAUGAUUUAGAUUCGUUAUUUGAUUCAGACGAGGCUGAUACACGUGAUACAAUGGUUAAUACAAAUGCAUUAACAAAUAUCGCUACUGUUACCAGCAUCACACCCAUUGCAAAUAAUAUUACUAACGUAAGCAGUACGCAUACAUCAAUGGGUUUAUCGAUUGAGUCCAAAUCGGCAGUACGAACAAUCGUGAAAAGUCAUUUUAGUCAACACACGACAAUACCAAUACCAGCAGUACGAAGUCAAAAACGCCUUGAUCGUAAAUUUGGUUAUAUUGCUACUCACGCAUCGGUUUUGCAUGAAUGCAAUAUCAAUGAAAGUGAAAAGGCCAAAAAAACGGUCAAACGAAAUCUCAAGAAAAAAAUAAAUAUAUCUGGAAAAGAAAAUCAACAAACUGUUCUACAAGCAAUAAGCAUACCACCACCCACUCAAUGUACUGUUAAUCUUCUUUCUCAUCUUCAGGCGUGA